CAAAUUCUACAUCUAUUGACAUUCAAAUUUCUCCAUGGCGCCAGUUUCCAACAUUCGUCGUCGUAUACAAUGCGCAGAUGGGCAACAAACAAUUGUAAGCGAGGUCCCAAGAUCUGGUCGUGAUGGAGGCCUUCUUGAAGACUGGCAAGCUGGGCCAGGGUGAGCCGGCUGUCAGUGCUGCUCCUUCUGGCAAGGAGAAGAAGAGGAAGGUGCCGCAGCCCUGGGUGGAGAAAUACCGGCCCAAGACUGUAGAUGAUGUUGCUUUCCAGGAUGAAGUUGUGAUGAUGUUGAAGAAGUGUAUGCAGGGCGCUGACCUGCCGAACCUGCUGUUUUACGGGCCUCCGGGCACGGGCAAGACGUCCACCAUCCUGGCCGCCUGCCGGGAGCUGUUCGGAUCGGACAUGAAGCAGAGGGUGCUGGAGCUGAACGCCUCAGACGAGCGCGGCAUCGCCGUGGUCCGUGAGAAGGUCAAGGGCUUCUCGCAGCAGGCAGUGCCCUCCUGCCGAACUGACGGGCGCGCCUGCCCCGCCUACAAGAUGGUGAUUCUGGACGAGGCCGACUCGAUGACGUCCGCGGCGCAGGCGGCGCUGCGGCGCACCAUGGAGCGCGAGACGCGCACCACCCGCUUCUGCCUCAUCUGCAACUACGUGUCACGCAUCAUCGACCCGCUCACCUCGCGCUGCGCCAAAUUCCGCUUCAAACCCCUCUCGCGCGAGAUCCUGGUGCAGCGGCUGCAGGACAUUUGCACGGCCGAGAGCGUGCAGUGCGACACCGACUGCCUGGCGACGCUGGUGGAGACAUCUGACGGCGACCUGCGCAAGGCCAUCACCACGCUGCAGUCCGCGGCGCGACUGCGGCCGGCCGGCGGGCUUACAGCUGCGGACGUCCGAGAGGUCAUGGGGGUGGUGCCGGAGCCUGUGCUGGAGCAGCUGCUGACCGCCUGCCGCUCCGGGUCGUACGAGAAACUGGAACUGAGCGUGCGGGACCUGAUCCUGGAGGGUUACGCCGCCGCCCAGUUGCUGGUGCAGCUGAUGGAUAAGCUGAUCAGACUGGAGGACGUGCCGGACCUGGGCAAGGCCAUCAUCCUGGAGAGGCUGGCCCUGUGUGACUCCCGGCUCCAAGAUGGCGCCGACGAGUACCUGCAGAUCAUGGACCUGGGCUGCGUCGUCAUGGCCCAAAUGAAGAACUCCGGCUAGGCUGUCAGUGGUCUCCAAACAGACCACCAGUCUGUGGUGGGUGAUAUCACGUCGGGCGGCAUCCUUUGUUUUCCGCGGGCUGGACGGCCUCCAACGUUGGUCAGAUUUCAGCACCAUGGAGACCUUUCCGCGUGUGACGUCACAAAUGUCCGUAAGAAAUGCCAUCAGCUGUUUUUACUGUAUCGCUUGUAGUUGCUGAAGUUGUUUUCGUAGCGUUGCGCCGGGCAAGUGGAACAUCUUCCGUAAAUGCAUCGAUGUCUUCCCAUCAACAAAUGCAAAAUGCGGGUGGGCCGCAGUAUCAGUUUCCAACUGCCGCUCGGCGCCAACUCCAGACAAGUGCGCGAGUGUACUCGAGUGCCGUCCGGAAUGCGUGGCGCUUGGACAGUCGGCGACGGGUGCUUGACCUCCGGUCAUGGCGGGUGCGCGGCGGGUGUGUCGGGCCCGCCGUUUGGGUACAGCUUGCCGUUGUAACUGCCAUUCAUCGAUGUCAUGUCAUGUUCGUCUCAGCCCGGUUUCAUCGGGCCCAUUGUGGAGGGGCCGAAUACAUGAUUUUUGGAA